AUGCGCGCGACUCAAAGCAGGCAGAAGUCGUACGCAGACAAGAGGAGGAGGCCGCUUGAGUUUGAGGCAGGGGACCACGUAUUUCUCAGAGUGACCCCUACUGCAGGUAUUGGCAGGGCACUUAAAUCGAGGAAGUUGACACCUCGAUUCAUUGGACCAUAUCAGAUCAUGAGGAGGAUUGGUCCCGCAGCGUAUGAGAUGGCAUUGCCACCACACUUGGGAAACUUGCAUAAUGUUUUCCAUGUGUCACAGUUGAGAAAAUACAUAGUCGAUCCUACACAUGUUCUGGAGGAUGACGAUGUGCAGAUACGGGAAGACUUGACCAUUGGAGCCGGACCAGUGAGAAUCUUGGAUUCUCAAACAAAACAACUCAGAGGGAAGGAAAUCAGAAUCGUGAAAGUCCUAUGGGAUGAGGCAACUCAAGAAAUGACAUGGGAGAUGGACGAUGUCAUGAGGCGGUCCUAUCCUCAUCUCUUCCCUGAGGGAAUUGGAAAGGUUAACAGAAACCAUGGGAAUCAGUACGGUCAAGGGGGGACUGCAUUCACGAGAUGGAUGGUUGAAUCUGGUGGGGGCAAAGGUCAGUGGUAA